AUGACGCAAGAAUUCAAGGUUGGCGACACCAAAGUUUCUGUCCCGGGCUUUGGUGCCAUGGGCCUGAACUUUGGCCUGGGAACUAGCUUUGACCUGGAGGCCGCCGAACCGGUGCUGCUGAAGGCGGUCGAACUGGGCUGCACAUUUUGGGAUACGGCAAUUGUGUAUAAAAACGGAGAGAAUGAAAAGCUUCUCGGUGACUUUAUCAGCAAGCACCAUGUUCGUGACAAGGUGUUUGUGGCAUCAAAGUGCGGAUUCGACCUCUCCAAGCCGACUCCGACAGUGACCAACUCGGCGGCCCAUAUCCACCAGUCCAUUGAGGAAUCAAUUAGCAGACUCGGCUUUGCUCCCGACCUCUACUACCUUCAUCGAAUUGACCCUAAAACCCCCCUGGAAGAGUCCAUUGGCGCGCUUGACGAGAUUCGCCGUGCCGGGAAGACCAAGUACAUUGGCCUCUCCGAGUGCUCUGCUGCCACUUUGCGCAAAGCCCAUUCCAUCGCCAAGAUCGACGCCGUGCAAGCCGAGUAUUCAGCAUUCGAGACGCUUCACGAAACAGACGGCCUGAUUGAGACGGCCAAAGAGCUGGGCAUCGCCUACGUCGCCUACAGUCCUCUCGGACACGGCUGGCUCGUCGAUGAUUUCAAGUACAAGUCCCCCGACGACUUUGCGCCCGAUGACUUUCGGCGCCGGUCGCCCAAAUUCCAAGGCGAAAACUUUUACAAGAACAAGGCCAUUGUCGACGAGAUCAAGAAGCUGGCCGGGCGCAAAGGCUGCACCGUGGCCCAGAUUGCGCUGGCCUGGAACGCCGCGCAGGGCUUGAUUAGCAUCCCCGGCACGACGCGGGCCCCGCGCCUGCAGGAGAACUGGGCAUCGAGGAAGAUUCACCUCACCGAGGACGAGACGGCUGAGAUUCGGAGGAUUGUGGACGAGGCCAAGCCGGCUGGUAACAGGUACGAGGAAGUGCAUCAGGCCAUGGUUGGUCAUUAG